AUGGCCACCACCGCCAUCAUCUGGUUCACCAUCUAUGAGCCCUUCUCCAUCAACCCCCAGUUAUCCGUAACUAUCGUCUUGUUCACCUUAUCCACACGAGCCUUCGUCCUCUGCCGCCUCCCAGACAUCGCCUCAUACGGUGUGCCGCCGACACUAGUCCUCAUCAUCCUAUCACCGAUCCUUUUGGACUGCUCACCGUUUCAGGGCCGGAAAGUUGCAGCCGCUAUCCCGUUGUUCGUGUGUGCCGCGCUCUUCUGUACCAUGGAGCUUGCCAGAGGAGCCAAGGCUUUGGAUAGACUGGCAGACCGCUGGGCACAGGGGUAUAUCCACAUUGAUGAUCCCAGGGCCCGGGAUCUGACGGUGGACGGAGUUGGCGAUGGCAUGACCGACGUGGAGUCACGUAUGUCGGGCGAAACACUCAAUGAACCACCCAGGAUGCCCAAAACAGACCCAGAACGGGUAGCCUUGGAUACUGUACAUGCCGGGCAAGAGGGCUCUUUCCACUAUAAACAGCACGGCCUAGGAAGCUCUGAAUCCCUACCAUUGAGCACAUCAUCCCAAUCCCCCCGGACGUCCGUUUUUGAAUUCCUGGGCCGUAUUGAUGGGAACCUUGCCGAUGGAACCAUAACUUCCCCACCGAGGGAGAGAGGGCCCUUUGAUGGGUACCGAUUGCAUAACUAUACGCUCCAAAUGGAUCCAGGCGGGCAUCAGUUACAUGCACACCAGCGUCAAACAGUGGUUUACUAG